UUGAUUUAUAUGUUUUAGAUAAAAAAAUUUAAUAUAAUAAUGGAAAAAGGGGUACCAUCACCACCACCACCACCUGGUUUUAUUCCACCCAUGUCACCACCACCAUAUGGUGAACCUCCACCACAACCACAACCACAAUCACAUAUCAUUGUCAUAGGAAAUACACAAUUUGGUUCAGAAUCACAAUCUUUAACAUGUCCGUAUUGUCACGCACACAUUAAUACAAGAGUUGAAACUGAAUCAAACAUGAAAACUCAUUUGUUUGCAUUACUUCUUUGCGCUUUUGGACUUUGGUGUUGUGUUCCUUGUCCUUACUGUAUUGAUAGUUGUUUAUCUAAAAAACAUUACUGCCCAGCUUGUAAUGCAUAUUUAGGAGAAGCAAGCAACUAAAAAUAAAUUUAAGA